GGGAGGGAGGGAGGGGUGUGAUGGCACCGACAGACUGUUCCUCUCUCCGGGCAAACGGCAGCUUGGUUUGCAACACGAGCCAACACAACUUCUUUGGGGAACGACUCCAAGAUACUCAGCCCUACUCGCCUCCGGCCACCGCCGGCAUCGCCACCGUCAUCAGCUCCAUCAUGGUGUUCACCAUCAUUGGGAACACACUCGUGGUCAUUGCUAUCCUGACCAGCAGGUCCUUGCAAGCCCCUCAGAAUCUCUUCCUGGUGUCCCUGGCUGCUGCAGAUAUCUUGGUGGCCACCUUGGUGAUGCCCUUUUCCUUGGCCAAUGAACUGAUGGGCUACUGGUAUUUCAAGAAGGUUUGGUGUGAGAUCUACUUGGCCAUUGAUGUCUUGUUCUGCACCUCCUCAAUUGUCCACCUGUGCGCUAUCAGCCUGGACAGGUAUUGGUCAGUCUCACAAGCCGUUGAGUACAACGCCAAGAGGACUCCGAGAAGGAUCAAAUGUGUCAUCUUGAUAGUCUGGCUCAUUGCUGCCGUGAUCUCAGUCCCUCCUUUGAUCUACAGGAACAAGGUGGUCGAGGAGGACAACUCAAUGUGUGAACUCAACGAUGAGAAAUGGUACAUCUUGUCUUCCUGCAUUGGCUCUUUUUUUGCCCCCUGCGUCAUAAUGAUUCUGGUCUAUAUAAAGAUCUACCUGAUUGCCAAGCAGAGGACCAGGCAACCACCGGGCAGUAGAGAGCUGGACCUGACCAGAGGGCAUAUUGCCAGGCACAAUGGGUCCGCUGAGAAAGGGCCACUUUCUGCCAACCCCCAUGACUGCCCAGAGGAGAGCAAGUGCAAGCACACGGACAGGAAAGGUGCCAAUAAUUCCUCCUCAAGCCAAGAAGACUGCUCAUCCAGCCAAGAGAAAGCACACAAACAGACCAAGCCCUCCACCUCUCCCAAGCUGACUGCGGUCAACUGGGAAGGUAGCCAUGCUCCAAGGGAGGUCCACUUAGUCAGGGGAGUCAAGCCUCUGACCCCGAAUGAGAUCAGGAAGAAGAUUAUGCAGAAUAGGGAGAAGCGCUUUACGUUCGUGCUAGCAGUGGUCAUUGGUGUGUUCGUCUUGUGCUGGUUCCCCUUUUUCUUUCUGUACAGUCUGACGGCCAUCUGCCCCAAGACUUGCAAGGUCCCACAUGCUAUCUUCAAGUUCUUCUUCUGGAUUGGAUAUUGCAAUAGCUCGCUCAACCCUGUCAUCUACACCAUCUUCAACCAGGAUUUCAGGAGAGCUUUCAAAAAGAUACUCUGCCGAAAGCACAAACCAUCCUUCUAUCAAGACUAAACCAGCAGCUGGUUAUAUACAGUAAUUCUGGAAGAAUUGGCAUGCAACUAUAAUAAUAAUAAUAAUCCUUUGCAUUCGAUCCAGCACCUUAUC